AUGAGCACCACAACCACCGCGGACGCUCUUCGCGCGCGGAGAGCCCCCAGGCGCACACCAGCCACCGACACGAACAGCACAAAAACUGACGUCUUCGGCGCGCCCCGUCGAGGCGGCCCGCACGUGCGCGUCGGCGCCGAGCGGACUGCGUCGACGGCUCCCGUGGGGGGGUCGGACUGGAGCACGCGCCGGAGCGGCGGGACGCCGCAGUCGGAAGGCGGCGGCGGCGGCGCACGCGUUCUCCGGAGCACCUGCGGGAUAACGCGCCUAGACCGGAGAUUCACUGCACCCCUGACGGCUGUCGCGGGUUUAUUGGCUCCCGGAGAAUUCGCUAUACACCUGUGCCGCGCGCUUACCGCGCUCCAAUCAACUGUCUCUCGAUGCACGUGGAGAAUACUUCAGGGAACCGUCACAGAACACAAAGAGGAGCGAAAUUCGAUAUGUAAUGCAGCGAUCAGCGAGAAGAACAAAACAAAAAAAAACUAG